AUGAGCUACCAGCAGCAGCCCCCCAACGGCGGAUACUAUGCUCCUCAGGGAUUCCAGCCCCAGCCUGGGUACGGCGCACCCGGCGCGCCUGGUGGUUACGGACAGGCCCCGUACGGCGACCCGCAGUUCCAGCAACAGCAGUUUGCGCAACCGCAGUUCCAGCCUCAGCCCCAGUACGGCGGCUACCCCGCCCAGCCUGCACCCGUUCAGCAGCCGCCCCCACAGCAGCAGCAGCAGAACGAUGGCUGCUGCGACGGCUGCUGUGGCAACAUGUGCAACGCGUGCGUCUCCGGUGCGGCGUUCGGAUGCUGUUCCGCCAUGGCGAGCCAGAUGUGCAACGCCUGCUGCAACUCGAUCUGUUAA